AUGGAUACACCCAGGCCAAAGCCAUUGUCUUUCCAAAAUACGGCGAGCCCAAAGAUGUUCUCAAGUCUGUCUUUACCUCCCCGGGCGUCAUCCGGGAUUGUUUGGAACGAGUGUUGUACUGACUUGCCUGGUCUAACUAGUCUACACGCAUACUCCAUAUCUCCCCCCAGUGACACUCAAUGCACCCUCCGACUACUGGCCGCCCCGCUCAAUCCAGCGGACUUUAAUCAGAUACAAGGCGUCUAUCCGACAAAGCCCACUUUCACUACUUCGUUAGGCACAAUCGAGCCUCAUGCCGUGGCUGGCAACGAGGCAGCUUUCGAAGUCAUAUCCACCGGCUCCGGCGUGAAGUCUCUUCGCAAGGGCGACUGGGUCGUCAUGAAACAUUCUGGUAUGGGCACAUGGCGGACACAUGCUCAGUGGGAAGAGUCGCAGUUGAUAAAGAUCAAUGAGCAGGACCGUGAAGGUCUAACCCCCAUCCAGGCCGGAACCGUGAGCGUAAAUCCUGUAACUGCAUACCGGAUGAUCAAGGAUUUUUGUGAAUGGGACUGGCUGCGUGGUGGGGAGGAGUGGUUGAUUCAGAACGGUGCAAACUCAGGUGUAGGGCGGGCGGCUAUCCAGAUCGCGAAACAGUGGAAUAUCAAGACUCUGAACAUCAUUAGAGAGCGCGAGACAGCGGAGGAGACGGAGAAACUUAAGAACGAGCUGCUCUCACUGGGUGCCACAGCCGUCAUAACAGAAGCAGACCUCCUAUCUCCGGCAAAGUUCAAAGAGAUUGUCCACCAACAGACACGAGGAGGCAGAGAGCCCAUUCGUCUGGCCCUUAACUGUGUUGGCGGCAAGAAUGCCUCUGCCAUGGCCAAAGCACUUGCUCCCAAUUCUCGACAUGUCACCUAUGGUGCCAUGGCGAAGAUGCCAACCUCACUGACUGCCGGGCUGAUGAUAUUCAACAACAUCUCCUUCCACGGCUUCUGGGUGUCGAGGUGGAGCGACCAGAACCCAGUCUUGAAGGAAGAGACUAUUCGUGAUAUCUUCCGUCUAACUCGGGACGGCAGGUUUAAAGACAUUCCCGUUCAGGAGGUGAAAUGGACAAGGGAUACGUCAAAGGACGAGCUCGUUGACAGCGUACAGGGGACGCUGGGAGGCUACAGGAGCGGCAAGGGAGUCUUUGUCUACAGCGGUGAGUAG